AUGGCGGAAAGAUUAACACAGGUUAAAGACCACAUUGUCUCAGCAAUAGCACCGUCCGUAACGGACGCGAGACCAGAUGACGUGGUGAUUGUGAUGGCGUAUAGGUCGGCAAUCGCCAAAGGAUUUAAAGGCGGCUUCAAAAACGUGCAUUCGGACUAUUUGGUGCACCAGUUUCUACUAGAAUUUUUCGAAAAUGCUCCGGCUGCCGUUCGUGAUAAUAAGGGUUUUAUCCAGGAAGUGGCAUGCGGCAAUGUUUUGAAUCCAGGAGCAGGGGCCACCGAGCAUCGGGCUGCGUGCUUAGCCGCUGGGGUGCCCUACACUGCACCUUUCGUGGCCAUUAACCGGCAGUGCUCUUCGGGGCUUGCCGCCAUCAACGACGUGGCAAACAAGAUCAGAGUGGGCCAGAUAGAUGCUGGUUUGGCCCUGGGUGCAGAGUCGAUGACUAAGAAUUAUGGGCCGCAAGCUCUGGGCAAUGUCUCAGAGGAGCUGAAGCAGAAUAAAAGUGCACGCAAGUGCAUGAUCCCCAUGGGGUUCACGAACGAAAAUGUGAGUCACAAGUUUCAUAUCUCCAGACAGAGCCAGGACCAGUUUGCAGCCGAGUCCUACCGUAAAGCAGAGAACGCGGUUUCACAAGGACUGUUCCAAGAUGAGAUCCUACCUAUUCGUUUGCCGGAUGGAACUGUUAUCGCAACCGACGAGGGUCCUCGGAAGGGCGUAACUGCUGAAAACCUCGGCACACUUAAGCCAGCAUUUAUCAAGGAUGGUGGAACAACAACGGCCGGUAACGCAUCCCAGAUAUCGGACGGUGUUGCAGCCGUCUUGCUAACGAGGCGUUCUGUAGCGGAGUCAAUGGAGCUCCCCAUUCUUGCCAAGUAUGUCGCAUGCCAAGUGGUCGGCGUACCACCUGAAAUUAUGGGCGUCGGGCCCGCAUACGCGAUUCCAAAGGUGCUGCAAGAUUGUAAGCUGAAAUUGGAAGAAAUUGACGUAUUUGAGAUUAACGAGGCGUUUGCUGGCCAAGCACUCUAUUGCAUUGACAAAUUGCAAAUUCCGUUUGAAAAAGUCAAUCCCAGAGGCGGUGCAAUUGCACUGGGGCACCCGCUAGGUUGCACAGGUGCCAGACAAGUAGCCACGAUCUUGAGGGAGCUGAAACCCGGCCAAAUAGGCCUAGUGAGCAUGUGUGUGGGGACCGGGAUGGGAGCCGCUGCUGUUUUCGUUAAAGAGUGA